CCCCGCGACACGGCGACGCAUUCCGAUCUCCUGAGUGUCGUGCCCGCUACGGGAUCCACGUUAACGCGCCGAUAUACGUUACCUAUGCGCGCGACCAAGCAGAUAUCUGUAUUUACAUAACGCGCGUAAUGCACGCGUGACGCGCGUAGCGAUGCUAGUGGUGCGGCGCGACGCGACCGCGUCGAGAGAUGCCCGACGAGAGGAUCGUGGAAACGUCGACGCCGAUCUCUUUCGAGCGGUGCCCUUCCGUCGUUCUCCGUUUUCGGAUCCGUUGAUUAGAAAUAAGCUGUCUACUGAAGCGUACAUCAGCAACAGACCAGUAAAAAAUAGAUCAUGGUUUGCAAAGCUGGCGAAAAGACUCAAGUAUGUGUCGUUCAGUUUAAUGUGCCCUUUGAGGCCAACCAUAAGGUUUGCACCAGUGACAAAUUUCCCUUACACGUAUCGACACGCGUCAAGGAUCUUUACAACUAUAUUGAAGAACAUUAUCAUAUGCGACCAGACAGUUUUAAAUUGCUGCUCUCCACGUCGUCGUGCACAAUGGUUGAUUUGUCUGAUGUGAAAGACAAAACGGUGGAGCAGAUUGGAGUGAAUUUCUCGGUUGAUCCGAGCUUGUCCGAGAUGAAAAAUACACUAUUUGUCGUUGAUCCAUCGCAACCCUUUGUUGUUGACCUAGCAUCACAGAAAAACAUACAUUAUAGUCUGCCUAAUCUCACAAGUGCACCGUCCCUUCAGCCACGAUGGACUGAGGAGAAUAUUGUUAGGGAAGAUGCUAGGGAAGACGUUAGAGAUGGUAGAGAAGAAGUUAAUUUCAGAAGUUUUAUUAAAACUGAAACAAGCUAUGUCGGUUUAGUCAAUCAAGCAAUGACUUGUUACUUGAAUAGUCUUCUCCAAGCGUUGUACAUGACACCAGAAUUUCGUAAUGCGUUGUACAACUGGGAAUACGUGGAUGGUUCGGAAAAGGAUGAAGCUUUAAGCAUACCGUAUCAAUUACAGAAAUUAUUUCUCAAUUUACAGACAUCUACAAGAUCUGCAGUGGAAACUACAUCCCUAACUAAAAGUUUCGGAUGGGAUUCUACUGAAGCAUGGCAGCAGCACGAUAUUCAAGAGCUUUGUAGAGUUAUGUUUGAUGCACUGGAACAGAAAUUUAAAAAUACUGAACAAGCGGAUUUGAUCAAUAGACUUUACGAAGGAAAGAUGAUCGAUUACGUUAAAUGUCUUGAGUGUGGAACAGAAAAGUCAAGAGAAGAUACAUUUCUUGAUAUCCCAUUACCAGUUAGGCCGUUUGGAAGCAAUGUUGCAUAUAACAGCGUGGAGGAAGCGAUUAGAGCAUUUGUUCAAUAUGAAACAUUGGAAGGAGCUAAUCAGUAUCACUGUGAAAAAUGCAAUAAGAAAUGCGACGCGCAUAAAGGAUUGAAGUUUACGAAAUUUCCAUAUCUAUUAACUUUACAUCUCAAGCGGUUUGACUUUGAUUAUAAAACCUUCCAUAGAAUCAAGCUCAAUGAUAAAGUCACGUUUCCGGACAUAUUAAAUUUGAACUCUUUUAUCUCGUCCACAACGAGCCAAGAAUCUCCAGGUGGCGAAGAAGACAUUGGCUUAGGUAUUAAAUGCGAUGAUAGUUCCACGACAGAUAGUGGUACUUUGGAUGACGAUUGUGCACCGUGUGACAACAGUCUUUCCAACAGUAAUCAUUCAGCCAGUCAUGAUCAAGACGAUGACGAAGGUAUCGAUAUGAGCAACGGACCAUCGACAUCGAGUUGUACUACGCAUAAUCACGAGAAUGAGAAGAAUCGCAGUACUUAUAUGCUGGGAAAAGGCCCGUACAUGUAUGAACUGUUCUCUAUCAUGAUUCACAGUGGCAGUGCGAGCGGAGGUCACUAUUACGCUUAUAUAAAAGAUUUUAGGACACAAGAAUGGUUAUGUUUUAAUGACCAAAGCGUUACUCAGAUAACUCACGACGAUAUCCAGAAAACAUAUGGCGGUGGACCUUCAAGGGCAUAUUAUAGCGGUGCAUAUAGCAGUAGCACGAACGCUUAUAUGCUCAUGUAUAGGCAAAUCGAUCGUGCUCGUAAUAUUCUAUCUAUGCAAACCCAAGAUUUUCCACAACAUAUUCAGGAACUACUGAAAAAGAUGAAGGAAAGUGAAGAUAAUGACAGAAAAAAUCGUGAGAAGCAAAUGUCUAUACCUAGGUUGAAAGUGUACUGUCAUCAUCCGGUAGAAGGGAAAUUGAUGAACGUUAAAUUGUAUGUCAUGCCUGAUAUUACUUGGACCGAAGCAACAGAGAAAGCGUAUAAGAAAUUUGGUCUUGAGAACAUAGUGAGUCUGGAUCAGUGUCGUUUAGUUAGUUAUGAACAUAAUACUGAUUUAAUAGAAUGUAGUUACGAUGAUCGAGAGCAUGAACCUGUUGGAAAUAUAUGGCGUGUUUCACGUCGAUUCGAUCUAUUACUAGAAAUUCGUUGCAAAGAUCAAAAGUUUGAGACGUAUUUACCAGGCGGAGUUGCAACUAAGGUAUUUGUCAUAGACAUAACCCGAGAGGAGGUAAUAGAUGGGCCGAUCGAUAUCCGAGGUUUAUUGUCGCAAAGUGUUAAAGAGUAUAAACAAACCGUAGGAAAAAUUGUUAAUAUGGAUCCUAAGCAAAUGAAAGUAAUAUUGCGAAAAUAUCCGGAAACUAGACCAGUGGAAAAUGAUGAUAGUGAUCUACAAACUGAAGGAUUUUAUAACGCCAAUAAAGUAUUCAUAUCAACAAUGUAUGAUAUAGAUAAUAAUAAAUCUUUUCAAGAAUCAACGGUACACAGGAUCAUAGAGAAUUUCAGACACGUUAUCUCUCUGCAUGUCCAGUUACCGGAUACCAGUAAAGAAACGUUGGAAGAAUUAAACAUCCCAUUGUUAGAUGAUAAAUAUGAGGAAAAGGAAAAGUCAGUUAUCAGUGGUCCAUCUAAACUUGGCGUUAUUGAAUCACAUUGGGAUACCAGUUUGAAAUGCAAUGAAACCUCGAAAGGUUGUGCACGAAAUAACGAGGAUGCCACUGUACGAAAUAUAAGUCCUCAAUUAGGAGAAGCUGAGGAAUGGAAUACUCCUGAACAGAGUAACAGUGAAGAUAGUAGCCUUAGCGAUAGUGAUAAAACGUUGGUCGGUGAUGCACCGGAAGGUGUUGAUAUUGAACCACAAUCGUGGCACAGCAGGCGCAACUUACUCCCUUAUAAGAAUUCAAAGAUAUUCGAAAUCGAAAACUGGGAUAUCGAUGACGACUCUGAUUAUUACUUUAGAGCUACACCGUAUGCAGAUAGUACUCAACAAAAAUUACUUAAAAUAUUGGUGGACAAAAGAAUGAGAUUGAGCACUUUGAAGAAAGAUUUAGAACCAUUUGUUGGCGUGCCUGUGGAGUAUUUUAAAGUUUUUCGUCUGUCAAACUCUGGUGAAUCAGAAUGCAGCUGUUUGACGGAGCAGCUCAAUUCAUAUGAGGAUGGUGAGAGACUUAACGUGAAACUCGGACGAGCUUUGCGUAACGGAGAAUUCAAAGUAAAAUUAUAUCAGCUAUUAAUUGAUUCCACUGAGCCUUACAAAUUUUUAUGCGAAUGGAUUAUCUCGAAAGAUAUGACGGUUGGACAUGCAAAGAAAGAGAUAUUGGCAGAAAUAAAGAGAAAAUAUGAUAUAGAUAUACCAUAUGAAAAAUGUCGACUUAGGAAAAAGUAUUAUAAAACAGCUUCAAAAGUAUUUCUAAAUGAACAGAAAUUUGAGGAUCUCCGAUUUCAUUCGCAAUUUGAAAUGAUCGUUCAAGAACUACCAGAUAAAGAGACAGUCGUUGACACCAAUCAGAUUAUCUUGUUUGUUAAAAGAUGGUUACCAGCAAAAUUACAAUUGGGACAAUUUCAAGAAAUUGUUAUGGAUAAUAAAACCGUCGAAGAAUUGAAAAAGAAACUUUCUGCAAUAUCAGAUAUUCCGGAGGAGUAUAUAGAUGUAGCAAAAGGGAAAGGUAGUUUUCCAUGUGACAAUUCUGUGCUUCGAAUCCAAAAUGAGCAUGAUUGGAAUGAACAUCACGAUAGUUUAUCUUUCCAUUUUGAAGAUGGCGCCGUCUUCUUAUACAGGGACAAUAGGGAAAAACCAAAACUAUUAAAUGCUGACGAGGUAAUGGAGAUCGCUUUUAAGGAAAAUUCACGCUUAACGCCGCUUUCUACUACUUCGAGUUACAGUCCACGUCGGGAGAGAGCACUUAAAAUAUAUUUGGAUACCGAAUGAUCGUCCAUAGAGAGAGAACAUCAAUCUCCUAAAAAUGAGUUGCUAAAUAGACAAAUGUGCGAACACAAAAUAUUUUCACAUAAAAUGUUUGCGUGUUGGGUAUUUGCGAAAUCGAUAUUUUCUCAAAUGCCAAAUGUUUUGUGUUCCAGCGAGUCUUCAGCAUUUCAAAGCUUCCGCGUUCCUAAAGGUUUUCGGCUUUUUCUUGAAACUAUUGGAUUUUUUAAAGUGUUUGGAUUCAUGAAUUGUUAUGUAGUAACACAUAAUUCGGGAUCCUGGUACCUGAUUUCGAGAUUUCUAGAAUUUAUAUGAACUAUAAAAUAUAUCCGAUAUAAAUCACCUGGUCUGUUGAAUCAGUUUUCCAUCUGUAGAAUCAAACUAUAAGCAGCAGAAUUAAUCAUAAGUGAAAAAUAAUAAUGGCAAUGAGCAAAUUUUUAAUUUAAUGAAAAUUCAUAUGUGUAAUUAACUUGUUAAUAUUUUGUAUGGCAAUGUAAUGUGUUUUUCUG